UCAUCGAUUCGGUUUGGAGGGAGUAGGCGGCAACUCCACUAAACUCAGCAAGCUCUUCCAGCUUCAUUAGGUUAACUAAGUUAGUUAAGCAAGCUGUUCGCUAACUUUCAGCACCAGCAUUGUUUUUCUUCCGUGAUUUCACUCAGGAACUCUUCUUAAAACUCCUCAAAAACCUCGAGUAAAGUUGAAAAAGACAUUAAGGUUUUAAACGUCUUUUUCAGUGAGCACAGCUAGCUGUUAGCGUUGUUGUUCAUUAGAUGUUUGAUUGUAACAUUUUUUUUGUUUUAUUAUUAUUAAAUCACAACAUACAAACAUAUGUAAAAGACUUUCCAGAGACAAGUAAGAAGCAGAGGCAACGAGAGUGUAAACGUCCAGACAUGCAGCGGUACCAACCCGGAGUAGGGCAGAGACGCAAAGGCAGUGCAGAGGGAGAAGUGCAAGCAGCCUCCUCUGAAUGUGUACACGUGGACUCUGACGUCAAAAUGCCUUCUGCUUCUCCAUCAGGUUCUGACCUGAAACUCAUCAGCAGAAACUGUCAGUCUGGACCAAGCGCCAUUACUGUGGACUCUAGCAGUGCUAAUAAUAUGCAUUCACAUGCUGGGACAAAUGUGAUUAAAGAUGGCCAAGGGUCAAGCACUGACAUUCUUGGGUCUCCAAAACUGUCUCGUAAAACACGUAAACCUGAUCGUGAGAUAUAUCAGCCAGGUGGACGAAGGUCUCAAGGCAGUAGAGACUCUGGUUCAAACAAGCAUGGAUCCAAAGAGGAAGUAAAGGGGGAAGAGGGAGAGUUAAGUAAGGAAAACCUAAUUGGGUCAGAGAAAAAUAAGGAUGUACGUGCAGAACCUGGGAAGGAGAAGGAGGAGAAAGGAAAAGGGAGAAAAGGCAAAGAAGGAAAGAAAAAACGAGAGGUAGGAAAACAACAGAAAAGUUUAGAACUAUCUUCUGACCAUAAUGAUCCGACCCCUGUUGAAAAUCUAACGGACAAAGUGGAGAAGCUUAAUAUCAGCAGCCCCCAAGCUGCUUGUAUGGAGACGGAAGAAAAAAAGGGAACAAAGGGUGACGAUGGUGGCAAUAGAAGAAGAAAAUCAAAUGGAGAUAACCAAAGGAACAAAGCAGCUGGGGGAGAAGGCAUAAUGGGUGCGGAAGAUGAGAAGAGAAAUCAGAGAAGUAAUCGGAGGUCUAGAGGUGGCAGGGAGAGAGGUUCAAACCAGGCUUCUGGGAAAAGGGAGGAGGGAGAAGGAGGGGAGAAGAGCUCAUCAACAAAUCAGUUAGAGAAAAAUACUGAACGAAUGGUGGAAGGAGGACAUCAGUGGGAUGUGCAGAAAAAAGAUGUUUAUCAAGACCAAAACUUGCAACAGCAAAAGCAUAGAGGGAACCAGCCAAGAGAGAAGGAUGGAGAGAGGCGCAGGGCAUCUGAAGGAACAAACAAUAGCAAAAUGAGCUCUGCUUCAAAACGUUACUCAAAAUCAGACAUCCGACGACCACGAAACCGGACAUACAGUACAAGCUCAGUUAGCAGUGGUGCCAGUAUGGACGGACUUGGAGAGUCUGAUAGACGAAUAACUGGUGGAGGUGUUGUGGGAAGGGAGAGGGGCGAAGGAGGACUGCCUCCAAGGUCUAAUGAAAGAACAACAGAGAAGAAGGACCGGACUAUGGGGAACAAGCCUAGACAGAGGAAGUGGACUGCAAGAGAUGUCUCCUCCACCGAUUCCUUUGAAGAGAGUGAGAUGUGGGAGAAGAAUGAUGAGAGGAGACGUUUAAAAGGCAGAGAAAUUGAGGACAGUAGGACUUCUUCCAGGUUGUGUAAAGGGAAUGUCAAGGGACCUAGAGGAGCUGCAGGUGGGGGCCGAGGUGGAAUUUUGAGGGUUUCUUUGGACAAGCAGUCCAGCAUGACCUCAGGAGGUGGGGAGGACCAAACAAAGCGAAAGAAUCAUGGUCCAAGAGGCAGAGGCAUUCUCAUCCUCCCAGCACACACUGAGCUGACGGCUUCCCCAGAGCCUGGCCCUCGGCUGAUGGGUGGGAUGAGAGGUGGUGGUAUGGGCCUAGGCAGAGGUAGAGGGGUUCGUGGAGGAAGUACAAGGAGACUUUGGGACCCCAAUAACCCUGAUAAAAAACCUGCACUAGCCAGCAGCCAGCAGUCCCAGCAUUCACCUCUGCAAACAUCACUAUACCUGCAUCAAGGAGGCUAUGGUCCACUGCAUUUCCUUGAUACUGAUGAUGAGACAGCUGGGAGCCCCCCAGUUCGACAGGGCGAGAACUUCCAAAGCCAUCAGGCUGCUGCCAUGGCUUACUACAAAUUCCAGAACUCAGACAACCCUUACGGUUACUCCUUGCCCACCAGUGCUACAAACACUCCUCCACGGUAUGCCUUUCCAUACCAGUUCCCAUAUCAAAUACCUGGCUCCAAUGGGAUGUACCCAAAUGCUGCCAUGCCUUUCUAUGGAGCAUAUGGGCAAAGUGGUCAGGGUUACCCUCCUGUAAGUGGCACUGCUAUCGCCACAGAGGAAGCAGAGGUACAAACUAGAGGUGAGCUGGUCAAGAUGCUUCGACUGGCUGACAGCCAGGAGCUCCAGCUCAGCAACCUCCUGUCCAGGGAACGUCUGAGCCCAGAAGGACUGGACAGAAUGGCACAGUUGAGGGCUGAGCUACUGACCUUGUAUGAACGAGUGAUUCUAACAGACAUCGAGUUCUCAGACUCUCAGAAUUUGGACCAGGCACUUUGGAAGAAUGUGUUUUAUCAGGUCAUUGAGAGAUUCAGACAGCUUCUGAAGGACCAAGAUUCAGAUACAGCACCCCGGUUGAGGGCCAUGCUGUUGACAAUACUUGAAGAGGGGGCAAUGUUCUUUGAUACACUGCUGCAGAAGCUGCAAACUAUAUUCCAGUUUAAACUGGAAGACUACAUGGAUGGGAUGGCAAUCCGUGCAAGACCUCUGCGCAAGACGGUAAAGUAUGCUCUGAUCAGUGCCCAGCGCUGUAUGAUCUGUCAGGGAGACAUCGCGAGGUACCGAGAGCAAGCCAGUGAUUCGGCCAACUACGGCAAAGCACGCAGUUGGUACCUAAAAGCUCAGCAGAUUGCUCCCAAAAAUGGACGACCCUACAACCAGCUUGCAUUGUUAGCAGUGUACACAAAGCGUAAGCUGGAUGCUGUGUAUUAUUACAUGCGUAGUCUGGCUGCCAGCAACCCAAUCCUGACUGCAAAAGAGAGCCUGAUGAGUCUGUUUGAGGAAGCCAAGCGUAAGGCUGAACAGAUCGAGCGCAGGCGGAAGCAGGAUUCAGAGGGAAGCGUAUGCGGCCCACGGGGGCGAGGAUGGAGUCGGGGCGAAGAUGCCACCCGGCAGGAAAUCUGGAUUCGCCCCAGUGGGCAUCCAGGAGUGCCAUCCCGCACAGCGGGCAACGAAUCGAGCAAAGACUCUGAGCAGGACGGAGGGCUGAGCUCACUGAACGCCAGCGAUCUCAAUAAGAGAUUUAUCCUGAGUUUUCUCCACACACAUGGAAAACUCUUUACUAAAGUUGGGAUGGAGAGCUUCCCAGCUGUGGCUGGUCGUGUACUGCAGGAGUUCCGGGCCUUACUGCAGCAUAGCCCGUCUCCUCUGGGCAGUACACGCAUGCUGCAGAUCAUGACCAUCAACAUGUUUACCAUUCAUUAUGCUCAGACCAGAGCCGAAAAGCAGGGAGAGACGCGUUCAGUACUGGAGGAACAGACCACGUCUCUGGGCUUGGCCAUGUUUGGGCUACUGGUGCAGCGUUGUACUGAUCUUCUGAAAGAAACCCCUGCUGAAGCCAUCUCGCCAGACGAGCUGGAUGAAAGCGAUAUGGUAGAAGAAGAGUCGAUGGUUCGAGUGUCUGCUUUCUCUGCUGAUCUGCGGGAGCUCCUGCCCAGUGUUAAAGUUUGGUCAGACUGGAUGCUCGGCCACCCAGAGCAAUGGAAUCCCCCACCAUACAGUGUAGAUGGGAGUCCUGAUGUAUGGCAGUGCUUGGCUGAGCUGUGUAAUGCUCUGGCUCGUGUGCAUCACAGCGAAAUUCCACUGUAUAAGGCAGAUGGUGACGGAGAGGGGGAUGAGGAGCUCCGGCUAUUAGUGCUCGAGGAGGACGGAAUGCUGGCUGGAUUCGUCCCCCUGCUGGCAGCUCCACAGGAGCCAUGCUAUAUAGACCCACAGACAGACACUGCCAUGGCAUCCGACUGUAAGAGAGUGACCGUACUCAAGUACUUCCUGGAGGCUCUGUGUGGACAGGAAGAGCCACUGCUGGCCUUUAAAGGUGGAAAGUACAUUUCAGUUGCAGUUCCUCCUGUUCCCAGCCAGCAGGUAGAGGACAAGAAUGAGUCACAGGUCCACAAGCAGAACCAGGAGGAUGACGUUAUAGUGGAAGAGUCCUCUCUUUCUGCGUCAGAGGGAGAUAUGGAUGAGGAGGUGGAGGGUGAUGGAAGUGAGGAUGACAUCAAAGAGUUAAGAGCUAGACGUCACGCUCUAACCCAUGAAUUGGCACAGCAGCAGAAACGUAGAGACAAAAUACAGGCUGUUCUGCAGACUGGAGGUCAGCUGGAGCUGGAGAUCAGACCCUUCUAUCUUGUCCCAGACACCAACGGCUUCAUUGAUCAUCUGGAGGGGCUGAGGAAGCUACUGGCCUGUGGUUCUUAUGUGCUGGUGGUCCCUCUGAUCGUGAUUACAGAGCUUGAUGGCUUAGCAAAGGGGCAGGAGAGCCGGGAUGGAGACUGUGUUGGUGUAGGUGGGGCAGCUCAUGCCAAGAUGGUGCAGGAGUGCGCUAAAGCAGCUGUGACUUUCCUGGAGAAGGGCUUCGAGGCGCGAGAGCCAGGUCUGAGAGCACUUACCAGCAGGGGAAAUCAGCUGGAGUCCAUCGCCUUCCGCAGUGAAGAUACAUCUGGACAAAAGGGCAACAAUGAUGAUCUGAUUCUUUCCUGCUGCCUGCAUUACUGUCAAGACAAGGCUAAGGAUUUCAUGCCUGCUAAUAGAGAAGGGCCGGUUCGACUGCGCAGGGAGGUGGUUCUCCUGACAGAUGACCGGAACCUGCGUGUGAAGGCUCUAACUCGGAACGUCCCGGUUCGAGACAUCCCCGCUUUCCUGAGCUGGGCUAAAGUGGGCUGAGUAAAGGAGGCCGGACGUCGCUGUAAAAACCGCUCAACUCCACUGCAAUGGAGUGGAAAGCAAAGAAACACACAGCACAGGGGGAGAGAGAGAGAUGGUGUGUGUGUUUGUGAGAGAGAGAGAGAGAGAGAGAGGGGACGGCAAGAAGCUUUUUAUGUCAGACCAACAAAAAAAAAAAAGCUUAGAAUGAGAAAUGACAUCAUUUCCUGAGAGAUGAGCGUUUCUUUAUCCCCUUAAAACCAGAACGCUUGGAGACCGGCAGAGGAGAGUUUGAGAAGGUGAGUCAGGCUGAGCUGAAAGGGGGGUCGCACCUGUUGGGUGCAGGGAAUGGUUUUGAGGUGCAGUUGCAGGUCUGUGUGUGUGUGUAUAAGAGUGAUUGAGAGUGUGUGUGUGAGUGUGUAUGGGAGAGAGUAACGCUGAAGGGCAUUCUCAGUGUGCUGUGUCGUCUACUGUAGGUGUGCAGGCUAGAAACAUUAAGCGUAAAGUAGUUCAGAGAGGAGAUUCGGAGAGCAAAUUGGUGGUUUGAGCUUGGGGAAGUCAGAUCACCAUGGUCGGUACUCUUCCUGUGGAUGACUACUCCGGCACACUACAGGAUAUGAGCUUGUCAUGAGCACAGGGCUGUAGUUGGGGCAGUGUGAGGGUUCUUUUUGGGCAGGGAGCUGUUCUUUGCCCUGUACAACCUUACCUGAGAGAUCUGUUCAUAGCCACAGCACAGCUUUAGUUGCUUUAGUUGGUUUCAGCUUGGUCAGCUUUGUUAUUUGCAGUCUCAUCUAGCUUUUAUUUUAGUUUUAGUUUUUUUUUUUCUUUUUUUUAAGGUUGAUUUGAUCCAUCUAAAUGUUUGAUAAGGACGUGUGGCUUGUUGUGGUGUGAGUUUGAUUUGUUUAUAAGAACAGCAGUGCUCUACACCACAUCUCAAUAGUAGCUGUGUAAAUAUAAACUACUUACUACAGAUUUAACACAUGCUGCUGCUGCUUCAUAGCUUUCCUAUUUCUAAGGUUUAAGAACACAGACAGCAAACAAUCGACAUGCAGAAUCAGAAUGAUUGUUUUUUGUUUUUUUCUUUGCUAAUUCUGAUCGCAGUAGGGCAUUAUUUAGUUUAAGCAGUGUGUUAGUUAAUUUCUCAUGAUUAAUAAUAAGAGGUUUAUCUCUCUACCCUGCAUUUUUCACUUUCCUCUGAUGUUUCAUUAUUGAAGCUCUAAUACAGUAUCUGUUAUAAAAAAAACUGCAACACCCCACUAUAAAAACAAAACAUAAGUUUCUAUUGAUUAAUACAUUAAUUUACAUUGAUAACAUGAUACUUUUUGUCGGCUUGGAUAACUAUUUUCUUGUGAACAGUGUUAUAAUCACAGAGGGUCCAAACUCAUCUUAAAAUAUGAUUUGUUGUGUUGUUUUUUCUUGUGUUUUUUUGGUUUGCAGACAUAAUAUUGUAAUAUAUUGUCUUCCAUAACGUGACUUUUUGCUGCUGCUUUUCUCAAAAACCAAAUGCAUGAGUUAUAAAAUGUGCAACAUCAGCUUUAAUGGGAUCUGAAACUUUGAUUUGCUUAACUCUGUUUUUGAGGCGUCACCUUCUACUGGUGUACUGAUGUUACAAAAUAAGAGCACUGUAUAUCAGCGCAUCAUUUAUAGCAGCAACUGAUCACAGUUCAUAUUUGACACCAUGGAGAUUCUUCAGUUUAAUAAAUGUUUUCAGUUCUCCUCUUGCCCUUAA